GUGCAUACACUAUGAUAUAUAGGUCGCCUGUUGGAUCUGUAAUCGAUCUAGUUUUCCUAUCAUUGAUUUUCCUUUUAAAUCUUUCAUUCGCAGCUACAUAUGUACUUGCACUUGUUAUGGUUGAACUAUUGCCAAUUUCUAUAGAUCGAUAGCAUCAUAAGCCUUUUGGAAAUGUAAAUAUGAAAGUGCUGUUGUACACGAUUCUUUUCGCCAUUGUCCUUGUCUUUGUACAAGCCACCCACGAAGAAGGAUGCCCCUCCAAACAAAAACUGGAGUCGAUGGACCAGAUAUCCCUCAACAAUGCUGCUCCGUGUAAGAAAGACAGACACUGCCAAACCGACGAAAGGUGUUGUAGAACGUCGUACGGGCGUAAAUGUCUGGACACAGACGACACAGACUCGGAGAAUAAAGAUGAGGACGAUGACUGCAAAGAUGAAGGAGAUAAAAAGCAUGGUGAUCAUGACCAUGAUCGUCAUUCAAAAUGUCAUCGACACUUUUCUCGCCCCAUGAUUUUGUCUGCUUCUGUACUAGGGGUGAUGCUAUUGCUUGUUGUAACUCUUACAUUGGUGAGAAAGUUUUGUGUUCGUAGGAAAAUAGGGAAUUCACAAAUUAAUAUAGGUACAAAAUAUCCAAAUGGACGUUCCACAGAUUAUGCCCUCAGACCCAAAACCUCAGACGUGGAGAAAUCGACAAAAGUAAACGUACAAGAACAAAACUGGUUGAACGAUACCCCGCCACCUCCUUAUUUCAUACCCUCCGCUCCCCCUGCUUAUUCUGUAGAUCCACCACCGAGCUAUUCACAAGCAAAGAUAUGUGAAAAAGUUGACAAAUACUGAGAUUCUCUUCUGUGUUAAUAUACAUGUACUAUGUGAAUAUGUAAUAUAGAUUCUUUUAAAUGUUGUUCAUUCUUCUCAAGAUACUUGAUUGUUAUAUAUUAAAGAUAUUAUUGCAGUAAA